ACUGGAGCGCCUGCUGAGCCUCGACGCGGCCACGGCUCGCGGCUCCCGGGCAAAGGCAAGGGAAUGGCUCGCAAGACUUCUGAGGUCAGCGGCCUACCGGGUGGGCGACGCUCCCCCUCCGGGCUUCAGUUCUCGCGUCUUCAAAACCUGAGGCAGAAGAGGGCUUAAGAGCAAAUUUACCCAGCGCGAGUCGCUCGAGAUCGCUGGCCUCGACUGGCCUGACCCUGGUGUAGGGUCGGAACGAGGCCGUCAGGGUCUGCGGGGUCGCCGCGAUGGACUCACUGGCAGCACCCCAGGACCGCCUGGUGGAGCAGCUGCUGUCGCCGCGCACCCAGGCCCAGAGGCGGCUCAAGGACAUCGACAAGCAGUACGUUGGCUUCGCUACACUGCCCAACCAGGUGCACCGCAAGUCAGUCAAGAAGGGUUUCGACUUCACACUCAUGGUAGCCGGUGAGUCCGGCCUGGGGAAGUCUACCCUUGUCCACAGUCUCUUCCUGACUGACCUGUACAAGGACCGGAAACUGCUGAGUGCUGAGGAACGCAUCAACCAGACAGUAGAGAUCCUGAAACACACUGUUGACAUCGAGGAGAAGGGAGUCAAGCUGAAGCUCACCAUCGUGGACACGCCCGGCUUUGGGGAUGCAGUGAACAACUUCGAGUGCUGGAAGCCCAUCACUGACUAUGUAGACCAGCAGUUUGAACAGUAUUUCCGUGAUGAAAGCGGCCUCAACCGCAAGAACAUCCAGGACAACCGGGUGCACUGCUGCCUCUACUUCAUCUCCCCCUUCGGACAUGGAUUGAGGCCAGUGGACGUAGGCUUCAUGAAGGCGCUGCACGAGAAGGUGAACAUCGUUCCACUCAUCGCCAAAGCCGACUGCCUGGUUCCCAGUGAGAUCCGGAAGCUGAAGGACAGGAUACGAGAGGAGAUCGACAAGUUUGGGAUCCACGUGUACCAGUUUCCAGAAUGUGACUCAGAUGAAGAUGAAGACUUCAAGCAGCAGGACCGGGAACUGAAGGAAAGUGCUCCCUUCGCCGUUAUCGGCAGCAACACUGUGGUGGAGGCCAAGGGGCAGCGGGUCCGGGGGCGACUGUACCCCUGGGGGAUCGUCGAAGUGGAGAAUCAGGCGCACUGCGAUUUCGUGAAGCUACGCAACAUGCUGAUCCGCACGCACAUGCACGACCUCAAAGACGUGACGUGCGAUGUGCACUAUGAGAACUACCGUGCUCACUGCAUCCAGCAGAUGACCAGCAAACUCACGCAGGACAGCCGCAUGGAGAGCCCCAUCCCUAUCCUCCCACUGCCCACACCAGAUUCGGAGACCGAGAAGCUCAUCAGGAUGAAGGAUGAAGAGCUGAGGCGCAUGCAGGAGAUGUUGCAGAAGAUGAAGCAGCAAAUGCAGGACCAGUGACAGCCGCCCCGGUCCACAUCGCCAAGGAUAGACAGCCAGUUUCCAGGCUGGCCCCUCCUACCCCUGGAUCCUAGACUGUCCUGGAUUCCACCCUGGGUUUAUCUGGAUCUCAGAAGGCCUGGACCUAACCCUAAUCCAAAGUGGCUUUGACCAGACUAUUCAGACCUAGAGCCACAGAGCCACAGCCCCCAGAUGACCCUAAUUUAUUCUCAGCAUCCACCCUUCCCGGUCAUUUAUUUGUAUCUGAACCACAGUCCCUCCUCAACUCAUGCCCCAUCCCACCCCACACCUCCCCGCCUGUCUUAAGGGAACAAGUUGUGCAUAACCUCCAAGAUCUCCCUUCCAAGAAGAUCGCUGCCCGCAGCGGGCCAAUAAACCAGGGUAGAGGAGGGACGUGGAUGCAGAAUCUUGGGCCUGUUACCCAAGCUAGUGCCGCUGAUGGAGUUGGGAGGCCCUGCUCUGCUGGUUACAGUGGGCUAUGAAACAUAUGCUAAUGUCCUACUGAGCGUGGAAGUAGGCCGGUUCCUCCCUUACUCCAAAUCAUGCUCUGUUCAGGACCAGAGCUGGCGGGCUUUGGAGGCUGAGGCCCUUAGGAAGACCCCAGACCUGAAGGCUUCUGGGAGGAAGGCGGGGCCGCGAUGCGCUAGACCGCUCGCGCCCCUUCUGGGUCUACCUAAAGGACUCCAGGGGCGGCAGGAACGGGGUGUCCCCUACGUCCCCUAUGACUACUUUCAUCCACCCAUAGGUCAAGGUCUUUUCUUCCCAGCAGCUCUGUUCCGCAGGGGUUCCAGCCCUUGGCCUCCUCCAUCUCUCCACCCGCAUGAUUCUUCCCCACACACCCCAUGCUCCGUUUUGUUCAGUUGUGAAUGCCGCGUCCUGUCCUGGUGACAGGAGAACAAAGUUAGUGAACGUCGCACCGAGUGUCCGAGUGUUCCAUGAGCCCAUGGGAGCGGGCGGGGGCGGAAGCCCGGGCUGCCUGCGGGCCCAGGAGAUAGUACCCUAUCUGCCUCUGCAACGCCCUUGCGCGCCGGCUCGGAGUUAUUUCUGGCCAGGCGGCAGAACUGUGGUCUGUUGCUGUGGAGUCAGGCAGGCUCUCGGGCCAACGCCACUCCAGAACGAAGUAGGCCUCCAUCCUCUCGCCAUGGGCUCCCGUGAGUUCUGGGGUCGGGUCUGCACUUUAUGGGAAGAGCCACAUCAGAAGGUGUCCUAGUAUGGGCAGCAAAAGAGCUUGGCUCAGAGGUGGAGGGAAACUACAGUCAGCGCUCAGGGUGGCCGGGGUGGAGGGACCUGCGGACUCGUGGGACGCUGGCCCUAGGAGCUGGCGGGAGCAGCGCCGGCGUUCCCAAAGAUGCUCCCGGCUCAUCCCAGCGCUUCUCUUCCAGGGCCGCGCGGGGCGCUGAGCCUGCUGCUUCUGCUGCUAGCGCCGCCCAGCCGCCCAGCCUCUGGCUGUCCCGCGCCAUGCCGCUGCUCUGAGACGCGCGUGGACUGCGGGCGCCGCGGGCUGACCUGGGCCUCGCUGCCGGCUGCCUUCCCUCCCGACACUACAGAAUUGGUGCUGACCGACAACAACCUGACGGCGCUGCCGCCCGGGCUUCUGGAUACGCUGCCGGCGCUGCGCAGAGUGCACCUGGGCGCUAACCCAUGGCGCUGCGACUGUCGCUUAUUGCCGCUGCGCGCCUGGCUGGCCGGCCGCCCUGAGCGCGAGUUCUACCGCGACCUGCGCUGUGUCGCGCCUCUGGCGCUGCGUGGCCGCUUGCUGCCCUACGUGGCGGAGGAUGAGCUGCGGGCCGCAUGCGCGCCCGGCCUACUUUGCUGGGGAGCUCUGGUGGCGCAGCUAGCGCUGCUGGUCCUCGGGCUGCUACACGCGCUGCUGCUGGCACUCCUACUGAGUCGCCUGCGGAGGCUACGCGCGCAGGCGCGCGCUCGCUCCACCCGCGAGUUCUCACUCACAGCCCCGCUGGUGGCCGAGUCGGCCGGAGGUGGUGCAUCUUAAGAAAGGACAGGCGCAGAGCAACGACGACCUGCAAAUUUUACAGGUCCCUGCUGGAGGACCCUCCGCCUUCACCUGGAUCGGCCUUGGCCUCUAUCCUUGCCCAACUUCCCAGACCCAAGCUCUGCAAGCCUGAAUCCACAUGGGGUCAAACUGCUGCCAGUACUACCAGAAUGAGGCAACCUUGAGUCUUCAGAGCCUAGAGUGCUGGAGCAGUCCAGUCUCCUGCCAGACUCCGCACUGAAUAAACCUUUCUCCUCCUCA